GUGACAGUUGGUUUUGUCUUCCAAAAAUUUAGUUUAUCUUUCUCCUCUUUGUGUUGGCUUUCCAGCUAAGGUUUCUCUCUCCUCUCUCUCUCUCUCUUCUUUUUGUUCUUUCUCAAUUCUUACUUUAGCUUUCUGAUUAGUUUUCCUUUCUCCUCUCAAACAGACCCAAUGGAGGUGAGUUCCCAGAACCAGAAGAGGGUAUGAUUGUCAUUUCAGGCUCCAUAGAUAGAUACUUUGUUGUGUUCUUUUCUUCUGGCAGUUUACAAAGGUGUCUUUUCUUUUGCUUUCAAACAGAGGUUUCUGAACACUCAUAGGCUCAUUUUAGAGUUACCCUUUUCUUUUCAAGUUGGUUUUCACAAUUACUUGUCUUCAAAAUCUCAACUUUCUUUCUGGGUCUCAUCUUAGAUCUCUCUACUAGGAGCUAGUUCUUUGUGUAUAUAUGGUGUAUGAUAAAAAUACCCUCUUGAGUUUUAGAUGUUUUAGAAAUCUGGGUUUUUAAUUGGUGGGUUCAAAAUCUUGUAUUUUUGUACUUUUGAUUUUGACCACUUUUAGUAUUUAUUACACAUAAACAAGAAGACAAUUUUCAGUUUGUUAAAAAAAUCUUCUUCUUCUUCUGAUUCUUCUUUUUCUUUUAUUUAUUUAUAUUAAAGUUUCAAAUAUGCUGCUUUUCUUGGAGCUGUGAAAUGGCAUAAUUGAGGUGAUUAUGUUAGGUCGUUAUUUAGACAAAUAUUUGAUGAGGGUUUUGUUCUGUAAGAUUCCACGUCCUUCCUUCAUUUGCUUCUGUAAACCUUCUUCUCAUAUCUACUCUUCUGGACCAUUGAAAUUGGAGAACACCUCUCCAAAAUGUAAUAAUAAUAAUAAUAAUAAUAAUAAUAAUAAUUCAGUUCCUGAAAACUCUGAUCAAAUACUUGGUGAGGAGAACAAUGACAAGGAGGAAAUCAUAGAUGAGAAACAAACAGAAUUAGCUCAGAAAUGCCUCAAAAGUAGUCUCAAGAAGCCAAUUUCAGAUUCAGGCUCUCCAAAUGAGAAGCAGAAAAAGAAAGUUCAAUGGAAGGACUUUUUAGGAACAGAACUUGUUGAGAUCAGAGAAUUUGAAACCAGAACACUUGGCCUUAUUCUCUGAUUGGUCUAGAGGAAUGAGAAGAUUCAAGAGUUUCUGGUUCGAACUUACAUUGUUGCAGCACUCAAUUUCAAAUUGGUGUUAAGACUGGAUUUCACAAUACAAUUGAAUUAUUUCAUUUGGUUGAAUUAAACAUGGAUUUGUGUAAAGUUUGAGGAGAGUCCUCUGUAGUCUGUUCUAGAAUGAAUGGCAUGUAAUUAAGGAAAAGAUUAAACAACUUUUUAGCAUCAGAUCACUUAAUUAUCAUAUAUUUGUUCUACAGAGAAUAUAAGCCAUACAGUGUGGCAUGGUUAUAAUUGGAGCUCCACAAACACAUUUUUCUUUUUUUCAUGUAUAUUUAAAGUCACUCCUAGGACUGUUUCAAAGUCAACUGACAUCUAUGAUGGAUAGACUUUUUCAUGUUUAGGAAAACAUGUGGUUGAUUUAGUAAACAACAUGGAUCUUUUGUUAUAAAUAUGCUAGAUUUUUUAACAUUUAUACAAGGGUUUAUAUUUUUUUAGACUAUGUGUUUUGCCUCAUUACCUGUUUGGACCUUGUGUUUUAACAAAUUAUUUUUUGAACCUGUGUUUUGUAAAAUGGUUCAAAUAGACCCAUAAACUUGAUUUUGAUGAACAAAAAAUUGAAUAUGAGUUGUUAGUUUGAUGAAUUAUUUGUGAUUUUAGUUCAAAAAACUUUGAUCAAAAUCGGUUUUAGUGGUCUAUUUGAACUAUUUUAGAAAAUACAGAGUCCAAAAAAUAAUUUUUUAAAACACAGGGUCCAAAUAGUUAAUAAGCUAAAACAUAGGUCUAAUAAGGCAUAAACCCUUUAUACAAUUAAAAGUACUGACAAGAACCUAAGCAUUUUUCCUCAUUUUUGCUACUCAUCAAGCUUAUAAAUGAAUAUUUGUUUUUCUUCUUCUUAAUAAAUCAUUAUAGUUGUAGUCAUUAUGGUCUCAACUUCUAUAAUUGGUUGCUCUGGCCUUUGAGUAUGAAUCCAAAGUCUGUGUUUUUGUAAAACAUAAGCGAUUCGACAUAUAUACUUAUCCGAAGCUUAAGACGAUAUCUUAAAUCCAUGUCCUUUAUGUUAGUCUUACCUUGCUGACCUUGUGCUAACCAUUCACCUUGUAUUAAGUCUUUCAACCAAGUUGUGUUUAGCUUUGCCAUAUGGUAAAGAAUUGUUGCCUUGGUUAAGUUCAACCAUUCAAGGAAUCAAAUUUUACUAAAUUCCUUGAAUGGUGGGAGAUUUUGAUAAGAACGUACACCAUUACUAUAACAAAUCUUAUAUCAAGUGCCUUGUAUGUGAUAUUUCUUGAUCAAUAGAGUUUCUUUGUGUAUCUU